AUGUAUCACAAGACUAGCGCACUUGUUGUCCAUUCCGCUGGAGUCAAGCCCAAGCUCCUGGAAAUCGUUCUAGAUUCGCUGCAGGCCAACGAGCUGAAAGUUCAGAUAUACGCGACCGGUGUUUGCCAUACAGAUUUGGCAUGUAUGGAGGGGCAUAUUCCAGUUCAGUUUCCCAAUGUAUUUGGCCAUGAAGGUGCUGGAGUGGUACUAGAAACAGGAAGCGACGUCACAGAUGUACAGGUCGGCGACAAAGUCCUGCUCAGCUACAAUUUCUGUGGCGAAUGCACUCAAUGUAGCGUACAUUACCCGGCCUACUGCGAAAAGCUGAUGCAGCUGAACUUCAGCGGAGAACGACUAGAUGGCUCUAGCACGAUGCAUCUGCCCGAUGAAGAACACCUGUUCUCUAAUUUCUUCGGCCAGAGCUCUUUUUCAAAGAUCGCAGUGGUAAACAAGUCAUCAGUCGUACGUGUUCCUCCGACCACAGAUCUCCAGCUAUACGCUCCGCUAGGAUGUGGAAUGCAAACUGGAGCCGGUGCAAUCUUGAAUACCCUCAACGUGAGAACUGGUAGUUCCGUGGUGGUUUUCGGAACUGGCUGUGUUGGUCUCGCUGCGGUGAUGGCCGCCACAAUCCGGGGAGCUCGAAUCAUUGUUGCCGUGGAUCUCCAUCCUGAAAGACUGGAUUUGGCCCGGGAGCUGGGUGCUACCCAUACCUUCCGGGGAGAUGAUCCCCACAUCCGAAAAUAUAUCACUGAGCUAUGUGGAUCUUCGCGGGGCGCAGACUUUGCCCUUGAUUGCUCCGGUGCCAUCCCCGUAAUAGAGACUAUGAUUGCGACUCUUGGAAUUCGCGGGAAAGCUACUAGUGUCGGGGCGCCAGCUCCUGGGAGGAAGGUCGAAGUGGACGUUUUCUCGCAUCUCACAAUGGGUCGUCAAUAUCUUGGCUGCCACCAGGGUGACAGUGUGGCAAGAGAGAUGAUUCCCUACCUCAUUGAGAAACACAAAGAGGGUAAAUUCCCAUUGGAAAAGUUGAUCAAGGUCUAUGAUUUCAACGACUUCUUGCAGGCAUUCCAUGACAUGAAUGAAGGUCUGGUCUUGAAACCUGUGCUGCGAUGGACUUCAUAG